GAGAGGAGGGAGAGAGGGGGGAGGGAAAAAAAUGUCUUCUUCCUCCCCCAGCGGGCAGCUCUCGGGUGCGGUGGCCAUCAAGCAGGAGAACGGGGUGGACGCCCGUCCCCGGGGGGCUGCUCGGAGCCCCCCGCUGGACCCCGGUGGCGGAGGCAAGGACCGGUCGGCGGCCGGAGGGGCGACGCUGCGGACGGAACUCUCGGGGCGCGACCCCGCCUCGUCCUCCUCGGCGGCCUCGUCGUCCUCGUCGUCGUCGUCGUCGUCGUCGUCGUCCUCCUCCUCCUCCGCGCAGCCCGCCCUGGCUUUCUCCCCCGACCACGUCGCCUGCGUCUGCGAGGCCCUGCAGCAGGGAGGCGACCUGGACCGGCUGGCCCGGUUCCUCUGGUCGCUGCCCCGCAGCGACCUGCUACGUGGCGGCGAGAGCCUGCUGAAGGCCCGGGCCCUGGUGGCCUUCCAUCAGGGGGUCUACCCCGAGCUGUACAGCAUCCUGGAGGGCCACAGCUUCGGGCCCGACAGCCACCCUCUGCUGCAGCAGCUGUGGUACAAGGCGCGCUACAGCGAGGCGGAGCGGGCCCGGGGCCGGCCGCUGGGCGCCGUCGACAAGUACCGGCUCCGCAGGAAGUUCCCGCUGCCCCGCACCAUCUGGGACGGCGAGGAGACCGUCUAUUGUUUCAAGGAGAAGUCGCGCAACGCCCUCAAGGAGCUCUACCGGCACAAUCGCUACCCGUCGCCCGCCGAGAAGCGCCACCUGGCCAAGGUCACCGGGCUCUCGCUCACCCAGGUCAGCAACUGGUUCAAGAACCGGCGCCAGCGGGACCGGAACCCCUCCGAAACUCAGUCCAAGAGUGAAUCGGAUGGAAACCCCAGCACCGAAGACGAGUCCAGCAAGGGACACGAGGACCUGUCUCCUCACCCGCUGUCCAACUCCUCCGACGGAAUAACCAGCCUAACCCUGUCCAGUCACAUGGAGCCAGUGUACAUGCAGCAGAUCGGAAACACGAAAAUAUCGUUGAGCCCUUCGGGAGUCUUGCUCAAUGGAAGCCUGGUGCCCGCGAGCCCUUCUCCGGUCUUCCUUAACAGUAGUUCCUUCAUUCAGGGGCCCAACGGGACGAUCCUCAACGGACUAGGGGUGGACGAGUCCCAGGCCGCGGCUCUGAACCCCCCAAAGGCGGCGGCCGCCGCCAUCGUGAGCAACGGCGUCCCCAUGGCCGACAUCCUGGCGCCCUCUUCGGAGGACGCGAAGGUCCUGCAGGGCUCCGGGGCCCCCGCUGCGGUCACCACAUCCUACAGCCCCAGCGCCCCAACCCCUUCCUUCCCCGGUCUGAUCCCAAGCGCCGAAGUUAAGCAAGAAGGAGCUCCCGCGGUCGCCUCGCAGGACGGGGGCUCCGUGGUCACGUUUACAACUCCCGUACAAAUCAACCAGUAUGGCAUCGUCCAGAUCCCCAGUUCAGGGGCCGGUGGCCAGCUGCUGAACGGAAGCAUCGGCUUUUCUCCGCUGCAGCUGCCUCCCGUCUCCGGCACAGUCUCCCAAGGCAAUAUCGCAGUGAACGCCAGCACCACCGAGGGCGGGGCGUUUACAAGUGACUCCACCACCGUGCCGCCAGGCAAAGUAUUCUUCAGCCCCCUGGCCCCCAGCACGGUGGUGUACACGGUUCCCCAUCCAGGCCCGGUGCUAGGGCCGGUGAAACAGGAAAGCCUGGAGAGAAGCCUGGUUUUUUCUCAGUUGAUGCCCGUCAAUCAGAACGCGCAACUCAGCGUCAGCAUGACUCCGGAGACCAUCGCGGGGCCCAGCCUCCACCCAAUGACACCGUCCCUGGUGAGCGAAGCUCCGGCCCAGAACUUCUCCCUCGCGCCCCCCACCCUCCUGACCCCCACGGAGCUGACUUUGGACCUCCCCGAGGGCCAGGCCGUGUCCACCCCCGUAACCAGCACGUCCACCGUCAUCUCCAUCAGCAACACCAGCUACGCAACCCUCCAGAACUGCUCGCUCAUCACCGGCCAAGACCUGAUGUCCAUCUCGAUGGCCCAGCAGGCCCUCGGGGACCUCGUCUCCGCGCCCGCGGACCGGGGGGCUCAUGCCGCCGCCACCGGCCCCCAGGAUUUUGCCCAGCAGCACCGGUUAGUCCUGCAGUCUGUCCCCGACCUCAAGGAGAAUUUCUUACCACGGUCAGAGGACAAGGCGGAGGGCAAUCUGAUGCUGCUUGAUUCCAAAUCAAAAUUCGUCCUGGAUGCCGUGGUUGGCACAGUUUGUGAGGACCUGGAGCCGGACAAAAAGGAACUCGCCAAGCUGCAGACUGUUCAGUUGGAUGAAGAUAUGCAAGAUUUAUAAUGUCCCCUCCACCCCGGCC